AUGUGAAAGACCGGCCUGUGCCGAACACGCAGAAGCUGACCCAUUCUCAUUAUUGCCUCCGCAACCCCACAGCUUCUUCUACACGCUUCCAGUCCCUUAUCGCGCCCUCAGAAUUGGUCUGAAAGGUUGGCUGUUGCUGCUGCGGCUCCGCGCGAUUGCUUUCUGACGAACCCGGCCAACCCCGCAAACUCGCUUCGGCGCCUGCCAGCCUCUUUUGACGUCGCCUGUCAUCGCACCUGAACCUUAGCAUCGCUUUCCACCAGUCACAUAUACUCCCCCAUGACGGUGCGGUGAGACGGGGCAAGUGGAGAGAUGGCUUCACCGUCACCACCCAAGCCAUGGGAGCGGAGCGGCGGCGCAACCAGCGCCUCGGUUGGCCUCACAGGGUCGAGCAGCACAGCACCAGCGUCAACCGCGACAACAACGGGCGCAUCUACAUCUUCGAAUCCUCCGCCGCUACCUGAAAUACCGAACGCGCUCAACUCCGUUGCCAACCGGAAUGCGACCAACUACUCGACCAUGAACGCGAACCGAUACGCAUCGCCGUACAGCAAUUAUGGAGGCCUCAACAGCUACUCAUCGCCGUACUCUCGAAUGGGCGGUGGCUAUGGGUCCAUGUACGGAGGAGGAUACGGCGGCAUGUACGGAGGGAUGGGUAUGGGCAUGGGCAUGGGCGGCAUGUACGGGGGCAUGGGCAUGCCCGGCGAUCCGAACAACCAGAGCCUUACUCAGUCGUUCAGCCAGAGCACGCAGGCGACAUUUCAGCUGAUUGAGAGCAUCGUAGGCGCGUUCGGUGGAUUCGCGCAGAUGCUGGAGAGCACGUACAUGGCGACACAUUCCUCCUUCUUUGCAAUGGUAUCAGUCGCGGAGCAGUUCGGAAAUCUUCGACAAACCCUCGGCUCGGUCCUCGGAAUAUUCACGCUGAUGCGGUGGAUACGGACGGCUAUCGCCAAACUUACCGGACGGCCUCUGCCCGCGUCGUCCAAAGAAUUGACACCUUCGAAUUUCGCCGCAUUCAACGGUCGAAGCCCAGACGGAGGACCGCUUGCGCCCAAGCCCUCCAAGAAGCCCUUCAUCAUGUUCAUGGUGGCUGUAUUCGGACUGCCAUAUCUGAUGGGCAAGCUCAUCAAGGUCCUGGCAAGGUCGCAGGAAGAGGAGGAGAAGCGUAAAAUGGCAGAGAAUCCACAAGCAUACGGCGAGCAGCUAGACCCUAACAAGCUUGACUUCUGCCGCGUGCUCUAUGACUUCACACCGGACACGAACAUGAGUGCGGUACAGGGCCUUGACCUUGCCGUGAAGAAGGGCGACAUGGUUGCAGUGCUCAGCAAGUCAGAUCCGCUUGGAAACCCCUCAGAAUGGUGGCGCUGCCGUUCCCGCGAUGGCAGGAUGGGAUACCUGCCUGGAGUAUACCUUGAGACUAUCCCGCGGAAACAGCCGGCUCAGAUCACUAGCGGAAGCCAGGCCGGCAGUCCAGUGGGAAGCAGAGCCCAGACGAUGACCAGCAGUGCCACCGGAAGCAGGGCUGCCACCAUGACCUCAAAGUUGCCUGAGAAGGCUCCUAAGGUUGAAGGAAAGGCUGGUGAUAUUGGCGUUGAGAGCUUCCAGAAGGGAGCGUUCUAUUCGUAGACUCAUUGAGCGAUCCUAUUUCUUCUACGUUUUCUUUAAUGUUGUGGCAUAUUUCGGACCCAACGGGCAGGUUCUUUUGGAUAUCUCUGGUAUUGGAUAUCUCUGGUAUUGGAUUGUAGGAUUUCAUGUGUACUGGCUGGAAAAAGCUUCUGUAAGGUGCUUGGGUGUCACGUCCACCCUAGAUAUAUCAACGAUCUCAUCAAUCUUUCUAUUGAAG